UCUCUAAACCCUUUCUUGGUCUACUGCAUUUGUCUCUCUCUCUCUCUCCCUCUCUCUCUCUACUGUAAGUUGUUGCUUCACAUCAUUCCAAAGAGAUGGAUCACCAAGAUCAGAGGCAUGAGGGCCAUGGAGUUUAUGUUUGUCGCAAAUGUGGUUGGCCCUUCCCAAAUCCGCACCCCAGCGCCAGACACAGACGAGCGCACAGGAGGAUUUGUGGGACUAUUGAAGGCUACACUCUGGUUGACUCAGAGGGGAAUGUUUCUGAUGAUGACCACCUCUCUGAUGAAGAUAACAAACCCCCUAGUCCUAAAAUGUUGGAGACAAGCAACAAUGGGAAGGGACUAGGUGGAAUUGGGGGAAGAUCAAGUAGAUCAGAAGAUGACCUAUUUUCGGAUGCUGCUACAGAAUUUCCGGAUAGUGGAAUUAAUUCAGGAAAUGAAGAACGAUUUGAGGAUGUUCGAGAACCAGCAACUAAUGUGGAAAAGGGUGCCAAGGACGUUCCAAAUGUCGGCCAAUCAUUUAAGGAUGGUGGCUUGGCUGAUAUUAUUCAACCACCAAGUAUUUCAAUGGAUAGCAGCCAAAUGGGAAAUCCUGAAGCUCCUGAAGGUACAACAAAUCAGUUGGGGAGUACACCACAGUCCGAAGAUCAUGUGUCAAGCUCUACCAUCAGUUCAAUGCCAAAUUCUAUUUCAGAUUGUAUAACUGAAGAAUCAAUUGUAUGCAGUCAUGAUAGGAAAGGUCCACCCAGUGACUCAAUUGCUUUAAAGCCUGAAAGUCUGACAGCUGCGUUACAAGAAAAUGAGAAGACCAAUGCUGGUGAGGAUGUUACCAAAUGGCCUUUGGCAUAUGUUGCACAGGAGACUGGUGCGAAGGGAAUUGAAGAAACUAACUUAGAUAGAAAUCUAACAGACUCUAUGGUCUCACCCAGUAGAUUUGCUGGCGAAUCAUUUGAGUCAGUGUCAAAGUUGGAAGAAACAGUUGGAAGAACUUCAGAUCCUGUGCCAGCUGAUAGAGCUGUUGAGUCAGUGGAAGAGGAUGAUGAUGGUUCCAGUUCUAAGAUGAGCCAAAAUGAUCUUCCCCCUGAAGUUGGUUCUGCUGAUCAUGUGAGUGCUUCUAUUGGUAAUUCUCAAGUCAAGGUGGAUGCUCCACAAGAAGUAAACCAUGCCAGUUCUGGCAAUAUAAUUGAUAGUGGCAACAGCAAGGAAGAAGGGAAUGACAAUGUGGAUGUCCUUCCUGUGCCUGGUGAUUCUGCUAAUCAUGUGAAUGCUUCUCAAAUUUUGGUGGGUGCUGCAGAAGGAAUUCCCUAUGCCAAUUCUAGUAAUAUAAUUGAGGGUAGCAACAGAAAGGAAGAAGGAAAUGAAAAUGUAAAUAUUCUCUCUGUGCCUGAUGAUACGUCAAUAAUAGACCCUCCUGAGAACAUUGUUGAAGAUUUAAAAGAAAAUAAAGAUGUUAGGCUGCAGGAAUAUGCAAUCCUAGAUUCAUUUGCAAAAAUUGCGGAUAAAGAAGUUAGUGCUGAAGAUUCUGCUUCUGAGAAGAAUUCUUCCUCUUUCCAGUCAAGGCAAUUGAGUGAAGGAACUGAGAUGCCUUCUUCAGAUAUUCUGGAAGGCAGUGGUGAACGAGAAGGUGGGAGAAGCAAGGCUGUGGUUAAUGAAGUGCUUGUUGAGGAGGAAGCUGAUGUGUCUCUGAACAAGUUCACAAUUGAUGAAGUAGGAGCCUCUGUGGAAGUUGUGGCGCCUGACAUUGAUGAAAAUCACAUAGUCCGGAGUCAUGAAGAGCAAGAGAUCAAUGAUAUUCACAAUAAUGAAAUACAUGUGAAUCAUCCAGAAAAUGCUGCAAAGUUGUCAGCUGAUGCUGGAAUCAACCAAGAAACAAACCUACUUGGCAUGGACCAUGCUGGUAACCUUGAGAAAGCUUGGACUGAAGGAUCUGAUGCAAUUGGAGAUAACAAUGGAAUAGGUGCUACAGAGAAAAAUUAUACCGAGAUCUCAAAAUCAAAUUCUGAAUUGGCUGGUAGUCUCUCUGAAUCCUUAGUUGAUCCAACGUUGGACUUACCUCAAGGUGAUGAAGCCGGUGUUCAUGAAAAGGGAAAAAUUGAGAAGUGUGAUGUAGGUGGAAUUGAAAGCAGGGAAGGACUUAAAGAGGACGAGCUUUCAAUGAAGUCAAAACUGACUUCUGAAUCGACUAGCAAUUUUCAUGAAUCGCAAACUGUUGCAGAUGACGUAAUUGAUGGGUCUGUGAAGAAGUUAUCAGAAAAUGAAUCCUUGCAUUUGGAUGGGGUUUCAUAUUCAAGCAUAGUUGGCAACAAUAGUGUUUCAGAUACUGGCAUAAAAGAAGAGGAAAUCAGUGGCAAUGAGAAAGUGCAAGUAGAAUCUCUUGGAGUCAGUACUGCUAAUGAGUCAUAUCAUGGUGGGGAUAUCUUGCAGAAGACUUCGGAAGAUCACAUGAUAAAAGAAUCGCAUGUCUCUCCUUCAGAUACUGGCAUAAAAGAAGAGGAAAUCAGUGAAAAUGAUAAAGUGCAAGUAGAAUCUCUUGGAGUCGGUACUGCUAAUGAGUCAUAUCAUGGUGGGGAUGUCUUGCAGAAGACUUCGGAAGACCACAUGAUAAAAGAAUCGCAUGUCUCUCCUUUAGAGACUGAAUCUUCUGUUCAAAGUUCUGGUGCUGUUGAAGAUAACCAUGCUAGAGAGUUUGGUGGCAGUGCUUCUGUAAUCGCUUCGGAGUCUUUGGAAGGUGAAAGCAACUUUGUUAAGCAACAGAGUGCGACAUCUGCAGUUGAUGUUUCAGUUGACUCGUUUAGUCAAACUGAUAGUUUGGAAGGCAACUGGGGGUCUGUUUCAGUGCUUUCCAUCCAAUCAGAUGCAGCAGGAGUUACUGAUGCUGAAGCUUUGCCAUCAUCUGAUUCCCUGGCAUUGACAGAAGCAGAAAAAUCCAACUUGCAGAAGCCCAAAGCAGCACCUGAGGGACAGCACUCUGACAACAUGUUUGAGGCACCAUCUUUCAUGACAUUAGUUGAACCUAUAGAUGGGGAUGACCAAAAAACUGGUGCUUCCAAAACUCAGACAGGACAGAAUCCGGAACAGCAUUCUGCAUCUUUGCAGGCGGGGUGGUUUCCUUCUCUUACUAAUGUUGUAAAUGAAUCACAAGGGAGAAAGAAGAAUGAAGAGAUUAUUGCCAAGGUAACGAACUGGAGUGCUGGAAAGCAACACACUCCUUUAAAAAGCCUUUUGGGUGAGGCUUCCCUUGAAAGCAAAGCAAAGUCAAAGAAACCAAAAGAUAUUCCAGCUCCUGCAAUUCAGAAAGAUGAAACAGUGCCAAAAGAUAAUGGUGCUAUUGUCACAACAGUAAACUCCAUUUUAGAUCCCAAAUCGCCUACAUCUCAGGCUGCUAAGACACAGACAAAAAGAGAAUGGAACUCUCCAGCUAGAUACCCUUCAGAAAUUAAGAGAGAAAAGAGGAAAGUCAAGGGGAGACCAUAUUGGGCACAAUUUGUCUGCUGCACAUCUAUAAACUAGGAUAUUCAAUGUAGUGAGAGUAUAUAUGGGGAUCACAUCCCACUCAACUUCUCAUGGUAAAAUUGUGUUGGUGAACUUUUGGUCAUUGGAGACUAGUUUGUUUGAUAUUAGCUUUAAUGUUGCUCCUGUGUAGAUUUUAGGUACCUGUGUCACAUAUUCUUUCUGUCAGUGUUGUUAUAUACAACUGUUGGUCUUCGGACUUUUAUUCAUGUAUGUUACUGUUCUUGGUUUACCUAGACCCUAUUUUUUGGGGGGGUUUUAAACAUAUUUUACCA